AAAAGAUGUUCUAUAUAUCCCAUCAUUGAUUGCAUUAUUAGGAGAAAAAGUAUAUUUUCAUCUACCAGAGGAACCAAGUAAGCUGCAUUGAGCUUCUCUUGCAAUCGACCAAAGGGAACCAACUUGGUCCUUCUAACAUACGGCAGGUGCAAAUUUAACUCACUUCCUUUUUUGUUCUUGUUUUUUCCACUUUAUAUUCAUUUGUAGCACAUUUCCAUUUUCUUGAAGCUUUUAGUUUCUUAUAUUUCACAGUACGUUCGUCGUACGAAAUUGGAAUUAAGCAAUAUUGGCUAUGCGAAUGUUUUUUUACUUUCAAUGGAACUUUGGUUUGUCUGUGUGUGUUUUGACUGAAAGCAUGAGAAAUUUAGAAAGGAGGAUAAUAUCUAGUACUAUCUAUGAUUUUAGUAAUAAUAUAGCUAAAUCACUGCUUGAUUAGUAAUAUAGCUUAAUUCUACAACCAUUUUCCAUAUAACAGUUUUCAAGUUAUAUUCAAAACUGCUUUUGAAUUUUCUAAGAAGUGGCAUGAAUCGAGGACCAACUGAGUUUUGCAUGAAUUUGGAGGGAUCCAAAAGAAUUUUAAAGGCAUCCGGGAUGGGAUUUAUGUGAGUUGCCUAGAGUUCUGGAUGUGUAUAUAUAAGCGCAAAUUAAGGGUUGGUUUGAUCUUAAGCAUCCAUUUGUUUGAUUUGGAAUAGAUUCUGUGAUGUUUCGUACAUAUUUUUUUACAAUCAGAAGGAACAACACAGAUCAGGAGGCAAAUGGAAGGAAAUCAGGAUCCAUUUGACAUAGAAAACCAACACAUUCCAUUAGCAACUUGCAUGAGAGAUGAAUUGAAUAAGUUGUCUCCCCAGCCGCCUAUGGUCUGUUGCAUUUAUAGGGUUCCUGAUCGACUACGACGCGUAAAUGAAAAGGUCUACACACCUCAAGUAGUCUCUAUAGGCCCAUUUCACCAUGGCAAGGAAAGCUUAAAAGCCAUGGAAGAACACAAAAAAAGGUACCUGCAAGGUUUUUUAACGCGGACCAGGGUAAGCUUGGAGGAGUAUGUAAAGAAAAUAAAGUACCACGAAGCAAAGCUGCGUAGUUGUUACGAAGAAAGCACAAAGUUUAACAGUGAUGAAUUCGUAAGAAUCAUUCUUGUGGAUGCCGCCUUCAUCAUUGAACUCUUAUUGAGAUGUUGCCGUCAACAUUUCAAUAUCAUUGGAUUGGAAAAUGACGAAAAUGACCGCAUAUUAAACAAACCAUGGUUGAUACAUUAUAUAGCGCCUGACAUGCAAUUGCUUGAAAAUCAACUGCCAUUUUUCAUUCUUGAAGAUCUUUUUGACCCUGACAUAAUUACAGUCUCUUCUAACAGUAAGAAGCUUUCAAUGAUUAAUCUCUCUUACGAGUUCUUGACAAUGACACUGGAAUUAGAGGGGGCAGAAGACAGUUUGCAGAGGAUUUCUUCUUCUAGUAGUAAUCCUAAAGUUGAACAUUUUCUUGAUUUUAUAAGAACUUUACAUCUUACAAAAUUGGAGGAAACAGAUCAAAGUAAUGAAGGGCGAAGCAAAAAUUUUAUGACUACACACUGCAUUACAAAACUACACCAGGCUGGGGUCAAGUUUAAGUUGGCAUCAAGCAGAAACUUAUUCGAUAUAAAAUUCGACGAUGGGAUUCUAGUAAUUCCAAAACUAAAAAUAAGCGAUCACACGGAGCUCACACUCCGAAACCUCAUUGCCUUUGAACAGUGCCAUUGCCAAAACAAUUACAUAAGCGAUUAUGUUUCACUCAUGGAUAACUUCGUGAACACCGAAAAGGAUGUGGAGUACCUUCUGAAGGAUGGGAUUGUCGAACAUAUGCUUGGUGAUGACAAUAAGGUGUGCACUCUGAUUAACAACCUCGGAAGAGGAGUUGUUUUGCAUCGUGAAGGCUACCACUUUGCUACUCUUUCUGAGAGCCUCAAUAGCUACUGCAGAGAGCCUUGGCACAAAUGGAAGGCAAAUUUGAGGCAAAAUUAUUUCAAUACACCUUGGGCAACUAUUUCUGUCAUUGCAGCUGUUUUCCUCCUAAUACUGACUUGCGUUCAAGCAGUGUGCUCUAUUAUUUCUGUUAUGCCUUCUAAGAACCAGAAGUAGUAGUCUCUCCUUAGUUCACCAUUUUCUCCCUACUGGUCCUUCUUUUUCCUUUCUGUAUCAUCUGUUAGUAAACUAAGUGUAAUGAGUGAUUAAAGCAAUUAAUAUUCUUGUUUUA